GUGCGAGGAUCGAUGGACGACGAGGAUAUCACUCAAAGCAUGUGAAAGGGAAAUUGGUUCAGGAUUCUCAGGAACGUGCGGUGCUGUUUCUGGCACCGUCUCGGACAUUGAUAUGAACACCCGCACGACAUUGAUAUGAACACCCGCACGACGUUUCCGAUGCCAAAGGUCUCGCUCGGGGUACGACCAAUAUUCGUGCUCUCCGUGCUAGGGUGCUCGAUAAGUUCACCGAGAUUUUCUUUCGGUCGAUUGGAUUGAUCGCUCGAUCGCGGAGUGAUUGCAGCAGAAGAUCGAUCGUCGAGUUCCUCCUUGCGGCGUAGGUGUGCUGCAUGGCGUGUGCAGGAGGCAUGGUCUACGUCGUUCACUCAUAGCUUGCAUUUGGAGUACGUCGCCACGUGAAGAUGGCCCGGGGCGACGAUGAGGCCCAGUCUCCUUUGAGGGGGACACACGGGAGCUCCACGCACUACCGUGCGGCCCGCAUGAUCGCGCAAAAUGCGGGUGAGUCUCAUGAGAAGAGGAAACACAAGAGCAGGAAGGAAAAGGAUUCCAAAAAACGAAAAGCAGAAAAGGCCUUGGGGGUCUGCCAGCACGUACCGGCCAUUUACGGCAGUUUCGUCGAUGUGCUUUUCGACCACGCCGUCGGCAAUCAGGUCCUGGGGCCCACGAAGAAUCCGUGCCCCGCCUUCUUCCGCAGCCCCGUCCGGGGAGAUGUCUGGAGCGCUGAAAACUGGGGUCACUAUCCGACGUUCGAAAAAGAUCCAAUCACUCGGGUCCCUGCCGCAGAGCGCCUGGUGGCCGUGGGCGACCUGCACGGCGAUUUCCAAAAAACGGAGGAAGUAUUGAAAUUGGCCAAUGUCUUGAGCGACACCGGCAACAAAUGGUGUGGCGGAAAAACCGUUCUCGUCCAGGUCGGAGACAUCAUCGACAGGGGCGGAGGGGAGCUGAAAAUCUACCAUCUUUUCGAGAAGCUGAGACGAGAAGCACCGAGACACGGAGGUGCUGUUUAUUGCAUCCACGGGAAUCAUGAGGUGUUGAAUAUGACUGGGAGUUUUCGCUAUGCGAGAAAAGAAUCUAUAGAGGAGUUCAGCAACUUUCAUACCUGGUAUCUGAUGCAAAAUGCUUUGAAAAGGAUGGUCAAGGGAACCAAUCUGGGUUUCGACUACAUGAAAGGGAUGCCGGCAUUCGAGGAAGUUCAGGGUAUCGAAAAGAUUGAACCUCAGAGUAAGGCUUGGAAUGCAUUGGUCGGGAGGAUGCUUUGCAUGAGACCAGGAGGGCCAUUCAGUCCGAGGUUUCUGGGUCACUAUUCCACGCUUCUCAUCGUUGGGAAGUCAUUUUUCGUCCAUGGCGGUAUCCGUGAAGAACAUGUUCCCAACGGUAUCCAGGAUUUGGUCAAGUAUAACAAAGAGGUUAGCCAGUGGGUGAAGGGUUUGUGUAAAAAGCACGCUGCCCCCCAUUUCGUCACAGAUGAACAUGGAUUCGUAUGGAAUCGAGACUUCGGACUAUUCCAGAAUAUUCCUUGCCGAAACUUGGCUAAAAUACUGGGGAAGUUCCAAUGCACGAGGAUGAUGAUCGGGCACACGAUUCAAACAGCAGGAAUCAAUGCUGUAUGCAAGGGUGCGGCCAUCAGAAUCGACGUCGGAAUGUCUGAGGGCUGCGGUGGUCGCGAACCACAGGCACUAGAAAUACUUGACGACGAACGAGUAAACGUUUUAUCGAGGACAGGUUCCAAGCCACUCGACGUUAGGGCUGAUACGGAAACACUGAAAUAUAAAGAACUAAAGUCAAAGUCCCAGGACGAUGAUGACGAUGAUGAUGAUGACGACGACGACGACGACGACGACGAUGAUGACGACGACGACGAUGAUGAUGACGAUGACGACGAUGACGGUGUGAAAAUAACGCCGUCCAAGAGGGCAUCGAUGAUCAACCAAAACCCGGCCGGUGAUGCUCCACUACAAGGAAGGUGUACGAUCAUGUGAUGCGAGGAUUGCUGCUAUCGAUUCACUCGACGGUGUACGCAAUCAUGAACUAGACAACGACUCUACAUCGAUCACAGAAUCGUGGAUGAAUAUCGGCAACGAAAGGCACAGACGAGUAAUGUAAGCCACCAUGUUUUGUUUCAAAGGGUGUCGAGAAUUCAUGGUGGAAAACAUGUACUUCAACGAUUUUUCUUGCACACCGAAUCCAGAAUCUUUAAAAAGGAGGUGGAAGAAACACACUUUGGUAGGGAUUGGUGCACAGCGACAACGGAAGGUCACCCACAUAGAUGUGACACCUCACCUCUGAGGAAAAGCUCACAAAAGAGAGACAUUCGGGAAGCUCAGCGAGCAGAUGCCUUGCGGCAGUAAACUACACAGCCAGGAUUGAAAGCCUAAGUCUCUACCGCAGAAGGGGCCGAGAAAUGAACUCGAUUAUCCCACAUCAAAAUGGCUACCAGCACUUCGACAUCACGCACCUCGGCGGCGUCAUCAUGUUCCCAGCUACACAGGUGUCUGCUCCAAAUGGCUCGAUUUUGGAAGGCAAUGUGCAACAAAUACAUACAUGUGUAACUCCACCAGGAAGGUCCCAGCGAAUCACAAACACCGAUCACGAGAUGCCUGCACAAACUUGUGUUAGAAGCAUGUUGGCCAGUAGUAGCACAAGGAAAGAAUGAAGUAGAAAACAGGGUUUCGGUAGACAGCGAAAUACUUGACGUAGAUAACUGUCGGCGAGAUGCAAGGCGAGAACAGAAGUUGCAAGUGAGGAAGAUGAGAGGACAUGGCUGAAACAAAUAUGUAAGAAAGUGUGAAGCUCUCUUCAGCUGGUUGUGAAGGCGCAAUAUGUGGCAAAAGAAUGUGUUUGCCAUAUCCAGACAAUGGGUUUCAAAGGCAUUACAAGCGGAAUCAAGUCUGCCUCCUUCAAGCCGAGGAACGAUUAUGGACACCAACAACAUAUGAGAAACCAUCUGGUGCAUGCAUCUUGUCACCAAACUUGAGUACUCAACAUGUCAAGGACCAUAUGGAGCUUGUAGACAAGGCCUGAGCUAAGUGCCUUCUCUGAUCAGAAACCUUCCAAUAUCAACCGACUCGUCUUCCAGACUAAUGGAGGCCAUGAUUAGAGCCUGCUUUUCUCCCUCACUGCACCUCUCUGGUAGAUAUCAAAUGCGAAAGGACUGAAGAGCGUGUGAUGCAGGCAAGAGAACCCAGUGUCACUUUUUGACCGACACACCCACUAUUCACAGAGUGCAAGUAGACGACGGUUAUUAAGGGGAGGGGGCGGCUGGCAGGACUGUGAAACACAAUAAACGAGAUUAAAUCUCCUCGCUCCCCUCUCUGGCAGCAAAGUUAACGCCCUUGAAUACCUUCAGCGUAUGUGCACUUCCCGUGAAAAAAGAGAAACUUGAAUUCUAUGUCUCGUGAGAUCGAC